AUGGAGAGGUGUUCUUGGCCUAAGUUCGGUGAUGUCGUUCAAGAGGACGUCGGCGCCAAACUCACCAGGGUUUCUACCAAGGAAAUCAUCUUUGAGCGACCAAGGGCUCCAGAUAUGCAGAUUGUGAAUGCGAAGUUUUGUCUUUUACAUACAAAAGUUGAAGACUCAAAUGCAAUUGGAGACCCAUUAGCUCAAAUGUCGAAAGGAGGAGAUGUAUUGAUGGCUGAUACACUUGUGGAACACAUAAAAUUCGACCAUGGAUACACAUCCAAGAGCCCUGUAGUAAUUAAUUUGCUUGAGAUAAUGGGAGAGUUCAAUCCAGAACAACAAAGGGAAUUCUGUCAAUUUCUUACUGGUGCACCUCGGCUUCCUCCAGGUGGCUUGGCUGUCUUGAACCCUAAGUUGAACAUUGUCAGAAAGUUUUAUCUUGUUUCUAAUAUAGCCGUGAAAGAAAUCAUUGCAGUUGCCACCAACAGAGAAGGUAAGCUAUAA